AGAAAAAAUUGCUGCAUAUCCUUUUUUCUCUAACAACCUAUAACUAAAUGGCCAUUGCGUUUAUUUGGAAAUGACAUAUUAAUUAUUUAAAAAAUAUAUCUUUCACAGUUGACAGCUGGUUUGCCGUCAGUCAUCUGCUCUUAUCCCAAUUUCUUGGGUGGUUGCAGAGUGUUCAAGUUCUUUGCUGGUUAACUUUAUAAUAUUUUAGACAUCUGUUAUUUGUAUUAUCACUUGUGUUUCUACCUGCGUACUUUGGUUUUGAUUUAAGAAGUUUAUUUUGUAAUAAAAACCAUGUCUUUACUGUACGUGAAAGCGUACUAUGGAGGACCGUGUGAUACUUUUGACUGUUGCAUGCAUAAACCACAUUUAUUAUUUGGUUUGAGAGAUCGCCUCCAAAAAUUGGGUUUUCGAAUGGAUCUCAUACCAGUACCAUUCAUAAACUAUUGCAUGCUUGAAAUGUGUGGACAUGAGGUAUUCCGUUGUAAUAUAAAGAACUUAAAAUUCAACGUGAGUUCUACUCGGGACCCCACUUGCAGGCGAGCUAUUGAGGCAGUCAUUGGGUCCGCAGUAAAGUUCAGGAUAGCUCGUACCAUUCUCUGGUUCUGGACGGCUUUAGACCACCAGAUGUUCAGACGAAGCAAGUACGCUCCCAAAGACUACUGGCCUAAGGAUAUAGAUUUCGGACAUUCAACGUGCACGGAGUGCGUCAACUGCUGUGGCGACGUUGUAAAGAAACCUCCUAAUGGAGAUACCUAAUGUUGAAGAUUAUUAGAAUACUCAAUCAUUUUCGAUGGAGAACUUUUGAUUCCACAUUUUUAAGUAUUCUCCAUGGAUCAUCAUGUAAAGUCUGAAUCUUUUUCACUAGAAGAAAAUAUUAUAUAAUCGAAGAUUGCUAAUUCGAUUGUUGUAGUAAACUCAACAUGGAGUGAACUCUGUAGUUGUAGUAGUAGAAUUGACUUGUUUAUUGAGCUUGUUUCUAUAAAGUGCUAGGUACUUACUUUUAAUAAUGAUUAAUUACAUAUUACGAUAUUUACUGUCUUUGUUAUAGAGAACAUUCUUAUAAGGUUUAUUAUGAAAGUA